AUGUGCUCCUCACCACCACAGGAAGUUAAGGACCCCCUAUCCAGGCAUGUUGUGUUGGUUGAUUCUCAUGAAUUUGAUGGAGAAAUGCCAAUGGGCUCAGCUGGUUACGUUGAUCUGUCAAGGCAAGUUGUUUCUGUAGAACUGGGACAUAACCUGCGAUUUGUCAUACAAGCUUACUCACAAUCUGGUGCCAUUGCUAGGCAAAGCCGUCUCACGUUUAGGACCAAAUAUUGCAACAUAAGUCGAGGUAUAUGUGAGAUUGGUGACUCUAAGGUGGAGAUUACUGUUGCUUGGUCCCAGCUUAUCAAGAACAAGAUGGAAAUCCUCUAA